UCGUUUUAAAUCUCUCCACUCUCUGAUGGUUUAGCUCAGCUACCGAAGGUGAAACUGAAACACAAGCGAAGUCGAAGAUGGAGAGCAGUGAGGAAGAUGACGACUUCCCAUGCAUAGAAAGCAUAACUCCACAGUCCAAGGUCGACUCUCUCCACCAAUCGCACACUGAGAAGGGAAUUAGACAGCUUUGCUGCGAGCUCUUGGAUUUGAAGGAUGCUGUGGAGAACUUAUGUGGCAAUAUGCAGACAAAAUGCUUGGCUUUCUUGAGGCUAUCUGAAGAAGCAAUUGAAAUGGAGCAUGAAUUAAUUGAGCUGCGAAAAAAUGUUUCAGCUCAAGGGAUUCUUGUGCAGGAUUUAAUGACUGGAGUAUGCCGUGAAUUAGAAGAGUGGAAUCAAACUACUGGUGACACCCAUCAAGUUCAGCAAGACCCUGACAAUAAUGAACUUCAAGAUCCCUUGCUUAAUGAAGUAGAUGAUCACAAUUCGUUUUUGGAAAAUAUUGAUAUUCUCUUGGCUGAACAUAAAGUGGAGGAAGCACUAGAGGCUUUAGAUGCUGAAGAAAGAAACUCUCCAGAGCUGAAAAUCUCAGAAGAUACCUCAUCAACAGUAGGAUCCUCAUAUAAAUGUGCUUUCUUGAGAAGAAAAGCAGCACUUGAGGAACAGUUAGUUGGCAUUGCUGAACAACCUUAUAUUAGUGUUGUUGAGUUGAAGAAAGCCUUAUUAAGUUUAAUUAGACUUGGGAAAGGUCCUUUGGCACAUCAGUUACUGCUGAAGUUUUAUGGUGCUCGCAUUCAAAAGGGUAUCGAGGUUUUUCUUCCUUCUUGUUCUGUCUGCCCGAGAACAUAUCCAGCAACAUUAUCUAAGAUCGUGUUUUCUAUAAUCUCACUGACAACAAAGGAAUCUGGUUCGAUAUUUGGUGACAAUCCUGCAUAUACCAACAGAGUUGUUCAAUGGGCAGAGUGGGAAAUCGAAUUCUUUGUAAGGAUGGUCAAAGAGAAUGCUCCAUCGUCCGAGUCAGUUUCUGCUUUACGUGCAGUUAGCAUAUGCAUUCAGGCUAGUCUGAGCUACUGUUUAAAACUUGUGUCUCAAGGACUGAAACUGUCAAAACUGAUUUUGGUUCUCUUGCGUCCUUUUCUUGAAGAAGUUUUAGAAUUGAACUUCAGACGAGCUAGAAAAGUUGUUCUUGACUUGGUGGAACCUGAUGGGAGCAUGCCAUUUUCACCUCGCUUUGCAUCUCCAUUAUCUGCAUUUGCAACAUCAUCAGAUAAUGUGCUUGUUGAUAGUGGAAUAAGAUUUAUGUUUAUUGUUGAAGAUAUUUUGGAACAGCUUACACCAUUGACGAUUUGGCAUUUUGGAGGAAAUAUUUUGAUUAGAAUUGGAGAGCUAUUUGAUAAAUACAUGGAUGCUUUAAUCAAAGCCCUACCAGGACCCUCUGAUGAUGACAAUCUCACAGAGCUGAAAGAUGUGGUGCUUAGAGCUGAGACUGAUGCAGAACAGCUUUCAAUCUUAGGAAUAGCAUUUACAAUCAUGGAUGAACUGUUACCAAAUGCUGUGAUAACUGUAUGGAAGCAACAGAGUGAGAGUGAGGAAACAGGAAGUGGAUCUGCUGAAAAUAUUAUGUCUCAUCCAAGCACUGCUGCAGAAUUAAAGGAGUGGAGGCGCCGUUUGCAGCAUUCAUUUGAUGAGCUUCGAGAUCAUUUCUGCAGGCAAUAUGUUUUGAGUUUCAUCUAUUCAAGAGAAGGAAGAACACGAUUGGAUGCACAGAUAUAUGUAAAUAGGGAUGGGGAGGAACAAUGGGGAUCUGACCCUUUGCCUUCUCUGCCGUUUCAGGCAUUAUUUGCAAAACUGCAGCAGUUAGCAACUGUGGCUGGAGAUGUUUUACUUGGGAAAGAGAAAAUACAGAAGAUUUUGCUUGCUAGGCUGACAGAGACAGUUGUCAUGUGGUUAUCUGAUGAACAAGAGUUCUGGGGUGUUUUUGAGGAUGAUUCAGGUUCUCUUCAGCCAUUUGGGUUGAAGCAGUUAAUUCUUGAUAUGCACUUCACUGUUGAAAUUGCACGUUUUGCGGGAUACCCAUCUAAGUCUGUGCACCAGAUUGCAUCAGCCAUAAAUGCCCGUGCAAUUAGGACCUUCUCUGCUAGAGGCAUAGAUCCACAAAGUGCGCUCCCAGAGGAUGAAUGGUUUGUUGAAACUGCAAAAUCAGCAAUUAGUAAACUACUUUCUGGAGCAGAUGAGUCAGAGACAUCUGAAAUUGAUGAAAAUAACAUCAUUCUACAUGACACUGCCGUCUCAGAUUCAGAUGAGACUGUUUCUUCACUCUCGACGGUAGAGUCAUUUCAGUCCUUUGCUUCUGCAAGCAUGGGUGAGCUUGAUAGUCCCAUUUAUUCCACCGACCCUGAGGCUUAGAAAUUUUACAGGCCACUAAAAUGAAUGGCAAUGUAGAUUGAAUAGCAUUGCAUCUUCAGAUGAGACUUAAUAGUUCAUAUUCAAAUGCUGGGUGCAUUAUAAUGCUCUAACUGAAUUUAUUGUAGGAAUUUAUGUUCCCUAAUGUACCAAAUUAUGUUUAUGAAUAAUUGAAACUCAGUUUUGUUUUA